UCAUCACCACAUCCGUGUCUGACUGAGAUCCUCCUGGACGAGCACGAGCGAGGCCGAGAAGAGAUUGUUAACAGGACACUCGACACCCUUAUCGAUCGCGAACAUGUCAUAGAGCGACGGGAAAUGAAAAAAGAAGAGAAGCAGUCACAUGUUCCAGUUCCUCGACUUGGGAAGGGAGAUCGGCUAGACGAGACGAGAGCCAACGAGAGGGGAGAGCUAAGCGCACGUUACUUGCACAAACACCCCGUCUCAAUAACGCGGAAGACAAGGAUUGGUCGCUACGACUGUAAUGCCGGAACUGGCAAGUUCUCCUCAGGAUCCCGCGGGCAAGAUGGUGACGGCAAGGAGAUUGCAGAAGGCGGCGAGCAUGGCGAGGUGGGGAGUAAAGGCGAGCAUCAUGCCAGGUUGACGUGA